AUGCUCACCGCCCUCGUGCCACUUUUGAUGUCCAUGACAUGGCCAGCUGCCUCAGCCUCCGCAUGCGAAAUUCAGCCCAGAGAGGAUCCUUUGCAAUAUGUCGGCGUUGACUGGUCCUCUGUCCUAGUCGAAGAACGGGACAAUAGCGUCGUUUACAAGAAUUCCCAGGGUAUCGAGAUGCCCCUAGAGAAUAUUCUUGCAGAAGCUGGCGUCAACAUGGUCCGUCAGCGUGUUUGGACAGUUGACGGAGACUAUGGAAUGCAGUACAAUCUGGAGUUGGCCCGCCGGGCGACCGAUGCAGGCUUGAUGUUUGGCCUUAAUCUUCACUACAGCGAUACAUGGACCAAUCCUAACCUGCAAGACAUUCCCACCGGCUGGCCACAGGAUAUCGACUCGCUCGAAACGCAAUUAUACACCUAUACAAGCGAAGUGUGCGAAACCUUUGCGGCAGAGGGCCUCUAUCCCGAGAUAAUCACCAUCGGCAACGAAAUCCCCUCGGGGAUGCUCUGGCCAACAGGGUAUAUUGAUAACCCAGAGAACCUGGCCCGCCUCCUACACACUGCCGCAAUGGCCAUUCGGGAUUCUUCACUGGGCAGUCGCACGAAGAUCGUGACACACCUCGCCCAUGGAGAUGACAGCGAGCUACAGCAUUGGUUCUACGACCUGGUCCUGGGCACCGGCUUUUUGUCCGUCGACGACUGGGAUGUCAUCGCCGUUUCUUUCUACCCGUUCUGGGGCCAAGGUGCGACGAUGGACGCGUUGACGACGAGUCUGACUAGUUUGUCGACAAAGUACAAUAAGGAGGUCCAGGUCGUUGAGACAAAUUGGCCAACACAGUGCUCCAACCCGGAGUACCCGUUUCCUUCGGAUCAGUUAGAUAUCCCCCUGAGCUCAGCCGGCCAGACUGAAUAUCUCCAGCGGCUGGCUAUGACCCUCAAGGCGAUUCCGGGCGCAACUGGCCUUAACUAUUGGGAGGCUGCAUGGAUUAAUAAUGCUGUUCUUGGAUCUUCUUGUGAGAGUAAUGUGAUGUUCGGUCCGAAUGGCCAAGCAUACGACAGCCUGUCCGUUUUAGGUACGCUGUAUUAG